CACAGAGCGACGUUUAUUGCCAGCCGUCCAUCAUUGCAAGGGAGGAGGAGGGCGGAACCUGGCAGAUACAAAACAAACAACCUGCUCGAAACAACUUUCCAACAAGCUCUCCAUGUCACUGGGAUAAUUACGGCUCUGAUCUCGCCCAUUAACCGCUGCCCACCUUUGCUACCUUGUCUCCCCACCCACCCGCCUUUCAGAACGGGGUGAAGCUCCGCCUCCGCUGAGGCAGCAGAGGGUUAUAUUGGGCCGGUCUGAAGGUGGAGGAGAGACCGAGCGAGGGAAAGGGAAGGAGAUAACGACAAUAAUGCUAAUAAUAAUACAAACUAGGCUGCUACUGCUGCGGCCUCGGGGACUGAAUCCAGUGAAGCAAAACUAGAGGCCCACGGGAGCAUCUGAACUUCUACCACGAAGGAAAAAGCCUGAGAAGAGAUCGGGAGAGAGUGGGGUCAUAGAGCUCAUUCUUUGGAAUUUAUAUAUCUUUUAUGUAUUUACUUUUCUCCGCUGCCAUCAUGGACAGUAAUACAAAUCCUUUUUUCAUUAGGGGACGAAGGCACUAACUUUUUUUUUCCUGACGGAUGACGAAAUUUGAAAACACCCUCAGUCUGACAAACUCACCCCGAACCAGCGCAGUCUGGGUACUAGAACCUCCGUGCUCUUCCCUCCCCCUUCAAGGAGUACUCAUUCCUCUGAUUGGAGACAGCACCUUUACAUCCACACACCUUAAUACAAUCACCAGUCCCUCCAAAAUUCAUCGGAAGAAGAAUCGCUUUGCCCACUAAACGCAGCACUUUUCUCCUAAGAAGGGAAGGGAAGAAGCCGCAGACAGGCAAGAUAGAUUCCGACAUUUCGGCCACCUGCAUAUUACUUCCUCUGACUUCUGUCUCUGGUGUCCGGGGGAGCUGUCCGAAGGGAAAGACAAUACAGGUGGGCAGGGAGAGUACAUAGGAAAAAAGGACUCUAAAGAGACAGAAAGGAAAUAAGAGGAGAGAGAGAGAGAGAGAGAGAGAGAGAGAGAGAGAGAGAGGUGGGUAGUGGGAUGAAGUUAGAGAUCUUCAUCCCUCGCACCUCCUACGAGGACAAGACGACUAGCGACCUGGAAGGCGCAGGCGGCAGCCGUGUCCAGUCAUCGCCCCUCUUGGCUACGGGCGAGGAUGAUCUGGGCUCUGAUGAGGACUGCACAGCCAACAGCCCGUCGUGCAGCAGUCUUGCAGGGGAGCUGGCGACCGACUGCAGUCACAGCAGCAGCAGCAGCAGCAGCAGUAACAGCGGAGGCGAAGGGAACGGGGGCGGCUGCUCCAGGGAAGACCCCUCGUUGGCAGUCCCAGCUUCUGAAGGCGCUUCCACUGAGCCAGAAGGAGACUCCAUUCCGAGCAGUGGCGGCGGCAACCACAGUGGCAGCAAUUGCGAGGGAGGGGGCGGGCGAAGCAAGCCCUACACUCGGCGACCGAAGCCCCCUUACUCUUACAUCGCGCUCAUCGCCAUGGCUAUUCGCGAUUCGGCCGGGGGCCGCCUGACCCUAGCCGAAAUCAAUGAGUAUCUCAUGGGCAAGUUUCCUUUUUUCCGAGGCAGCUACACUGGCUGGCGCAACUCAGUGAGGCAUAACCUCUCGCUAAACGAUUGCUUCGUUAAGGUGCUGCGCGACCCCUCCCGCCCCUGGGGCAAGGACAACUACUGGAUGCUCAACCCUAACAGCGAGUACACCUUCGCUGACGGGGUCUUCCGCCGCCGCCGCAAGAGGCUCAGUCACAAGGCAGCGGCGCCUCCGUCCUUACAGCCCGAAGAAAACGCCCCCAAUGCAGCGGCCGCAGCCGCUGCGGCAGCUGUGGCAGCUGCUCACCCGGCCGGCGCCGCCCGCCUGCUGCUGCCGCCGCCGCCGCCGCCUCCUCCUCCUCCUCCUCCUCUACCACCUCCUCCUCUUCCCCUGACCUCGGCGGGCCGUGUCCCCGGCAGCGGCGGUACAGGCUCAGCGUCUUCUUCUUCCACCUCCUCCUCGUCCCUCUCUCCGUCCUCCUACUCCUCAGCCUGCAAGGAGGAAAACACGAGCCCGGCGCGCAAAUUCUCCAGUUCCUUUGCCAUAGACAGCAUCCUCAGCAAACCCUUCCGCCGCGAUGGAGACCAGGGCACAGAGACUCGCUCUUACUCCCAACCCUCGAGGCUGCUGUGGUCCGCCGCAGCCGCCGCCGGCACUUCUUCCUUACCGGGCGCUGCUGGAUACCAGACCUUAACUGCCUUCUCUGCGGCCCCGCACCCCCAGCAGCAGUCCCCGCUGUUCCCCAGGGGAGGUGCUCAGGCUGCCACUACAGGCGGGACUCUGUUGCAGCUAUACGCAUACGGAAUGGGCGAACCCGUUCUCCUGGAGACUAGAAGGAGGGAGACGCCUCUGGCUCCGGCUUCCGAGCCUCGUACAGAGCACCUCCAAGCGCCACAGCUUUUCCUCUCACCUUCCUUCUCCCCUGCAGCCCAGGCCAAGGCGUUCCGAAGCCCGCUGAUUGCGGGCAGUUCGCAGUUGUACUGCCCCCUCCGAUUAUCCGGAGCCUUACAAGCAGCCUCGGGAUGCGGCCCCAACACUUACCAACCUUACCCUAUGGAGACUCUUCUCGCCUAAAUGGGAAAUUGUGGAGUGAGAGAAGGUGGUGGUAUCUGGUUUGAAGGAAUGGGAGGGGGAGAAGAGAGAAAAUCUGAGCUCUGGGUUUUGCUCUCUACCCAGAAAUUUAACAAAAACAAAAACAAAACAAAACAAACAAAAACCCUAAAUUUCACGUGCCUUAAAGCCAAAUGCAUUUUCAACAGAUGUUUUUUUACUUAAUUAGUCCAAAAACUGUUUUAUUUUGUCAUUUAAUGGGCCAAAGCGAAUCUUAAUCAUUGCUUUAAAUAACUUGACUUUUCCUCUCUUCUUUACCCAGAACCCCUUCAAUCCUAACCCCUUUACAAUUCUCCCUUGAUUUUUCCUAGGCAAAAGAAAUUUGCAACUUGAUCAGGGAACAAUUCCAUAAAAUAUAUGAUGAGACUACUGUUUGGGGAACAUAGGGCCCCACUCUGUGUAUGUAUGGUUGCAUUUGCUGGUGUGUUUGUGUGUGAGAAUGUCAGUUUUUAGGUCAGUUCUCUGCUAUAAACCAAUGCAUCACUGUGCCAAAAAGAGCGAAAACUGCAUAACUCUAACUGAAUUUGUUGAUGGAUUUUCUAGUUAAAUUAUUUAUAUUAAAAAAAAAACCUUUUGAAUUGAAAAUAUUGCAGGUAACGGGCUACAGCUUUAUCUGUAGUUCAGUGAUAUCUAACUGUAGCCCUUUGGGACUAAAUAGUUCUUUACAAAAUUAGCUUUAUAAAUUAUGUUGAGUGCCAGGGCCACUGCUCCUGGAAAGCAGGUGUGGUUUUUAUUUUUAAUGUUAUUUUAUUUGUAUCUGUGUACAUACACUGUAUAAAUUUUAUAAAAGUCAGGCAUAUGCUUAUUUUUUAAUAAAAUUCCCAAAACAAGA